CCGGGCCGUCCGCGCUUUUGUCCCGCCGGCGGCCGGGCUCCCGCGGCGCCGCCACAGCCAUGUCACAUUUGAAGACGAGGGGCACUGAGGAUGAGGAAUCAACUGAAAAGUAUGAAAAUACUGGAAAUGCAGAAUCUAUAUGGCCAAAAGUGGAAGGUCUUCACAAGGAUCAUAUUCAGGAGUCUAAGGUUGGUGAAACUUGUGAUUGGGAUAGCAAGGUAGAAAAUCAGAUGGACAAGCCUGAGGGAAAAAGAAUGAAGGAAGACAAAAGUGGCAUCAGGGAAAAGAUUGGCAAAGCCAGGAAUACAGCAAAUAUAAAGACAGAACAGGAAGAUGAGGCAUCUGAGAAAAGCUUACAUCUGAGCUCAAAAUAUGUCAUACACCAGACUGUCCCUAUAGAACAGAAAAACAGUGAACAAGUAAAAUGUGUGGAGAGCAUUAAUGGAAACUCUCAUCCCAGUCUACAGCAAAAAGCCAGUGCUGUUAAGAAAUCACAUAAAUGUGAUGACUGUGGAAAAUCCUUCAAAUACAAUUCCCGACUUGUUCAGCAUAAAAUUAUGCACACUGGUGAAAAACGCUAUGAGUGCGAUGACUGUGGAGGGACUUUCCGGAGCAGCUCAAGCCUUCGAGUCCACAAGAGGAUCCAUACUGGGGAGAAGCCGUACAAGUGUGAGGAAUGUGGGAAAGCCUACAUGUCCUAUUCCAGCCUUAUAAACCACAAAAGCACCCAUUCUGGGGAAAAGAACUGUAAGUGUGAUGAGUGUGGAAAAUCCUUCAAUUAUAGCUCAGUUUUGGAUCAGCAUAAGAGAAUUCACACUGGGGAGAAGCCCUAUGAGUGUGGUGAGUGUGGGAAGGCCUUCAGGAACAGCUCUGGCCUCAGAGUCCACAAAAGGAUCCACACAGGUGAGAAGCCCUAUGAAUGUGACAUCUGUGGGAAAACCUUCAGUAAUAGCUCUGGCCUUAGAGUCCACAAAAGGAUUCAUACAGGGGAGAAACCCUAUGAAUGUGAUGAGUGUGGGAAGGCCUUCAUUACCUGCAGAACACUUCUAAAUCAUAAAAGCAUCCACUUUGGAGAUAAACCUUAUAAAUGUGAUGAGUGUGAAAAAUCAUUUAAUUAUAGCUCUCUCCUCAUUCAGCAUAAAGUUAUCCACACUGGAGAGAAACCUUAUGAAUGUGAUGAAUGUGGGAAGGCUUUCAGGAACAGUUCAGGCCUUAUUGUGCAUAAAAGGAUCCACACAGGAGAGAAACCUUACAAAUGUGAUGUCUGUGGCAAAGCAUUCAGCUAUAGCUCAGGCCUGGCAGUCCAUAAAAGCAUUCACCCUGGGAAGAAAGCCCAUGAAUGUAAGGAGUGUGGAAAAUCAUUCAGCUAUAACUCACUUCUUCUUCAACAUAGAACAAUUCACACUGGAGAGAGACCUUAUGUAUGUGAUGUCUGUGGAAAAACUUUCAGAAACAAUUCAGGACUCAAAGUCCACAGGCGACUCCAUACUGGGGAAAAACCUUAUAAGUGUGAUGUGUGUGGAAAAGCCUAUAUCUCACGCUCUAGCCUUAAAAACCACAAAGGAAUCCAUCUUGGGGAGAAGCCCUAUAAAUGUAGUUAUUGUGAAAAAUCCUUCAAUUACAGCUCUGCCCUUGAACAACAUAAAAGGAUUCAUACAAGGGAGAAACCCUUUGGGUGUGAUGAGUGUGGAAAAGCCUUCAGAAAUAAUUCAGGCCUCAAAGUCCAUAAACGAAUCCACACUGGGGAGAGACCUUACAAAUGUGAAGAAUGUGGGAAGGCCUACAUCUCACUUUCAAGCCUUAUAAAUCAUAAAAGUGUACACCCUGGGGAAAAGCCCUAUAAGUGUGAUGAGUGUGAGAAAGCCUUUAUCACAUACCGAACCCUUAUAAAUCACAAAAAAAUUCAUCUUGGGGAGAAGCCCUACAAAUGCGAUGUGUGUGAGAAAUCUUUUAACUACACCUCACUUCUUUCUCAACACAGAAGGGUCCACACUAGAGAGAAACCCUAUGAAUGUGACAGGUGUGAAAAAGUCUUCAGAAACAACUCAAGCCUUAAAGUGCAUAAAAGAAUUCAUACUGGUGAGAAGCCCUAUAAAUGUGAUGUGUGUGGAAAAGCCUACAUCUCACACUCAAGCCUUAUUAACCAUAAAAGUACCCACCCUGGCAAGACCCCCUACACAUGUGAUGAAUGUGGAAAAGCUUUUUUCUCAAACAGAACUCUUAUAAGCCAUAAAAGAGUCCAUCUUGGGGAGAAACCCUUCAAAUGUGUUGAAUGUGGGAAGUCUUUCAGUUAUAGCUCACUCCUUUCCCAACACAAGAGGAUUCAUACGGGGGAAAAACCCUAUGUGUGUGAUGGCUGUGGGAAGGCGUUCAGGAACAGCUCAGGCCUCACAGUGCAUAAAAGGAUACACACAGGUGAGAAACCCUAUGGAUGUGAUGAGUGUGGGAAGGCAUACAUCUCACACUCCAGUCUUAUCAACCAUAAAAGUGUCCAUGGUGGGCAGCAGCCCUAUAAUUGUGAGUGUGGGAAAUCCUUCAAUUAUAGAUCAGUCCUUGACCAACACAAAAGGAUCCACACUGGAAAGAAGCUAUACCAAUGUAACGAGUGUGGGAAGGCUUUUAAUAUCAGAUCAAAUCUCACCAAGCAUAAAAGAAUCCAUACUGGAGAGGAAUAUUUAAAUGUGACAAAUAUGGGAAGUCACAGUGGCACAUCCCAGAAGAGAACUCAUGAGGGAGGGAACGCUCUGGAUGGGGCCAGGAUGAGCAUGUCUCUGUAGGGGGCAGAGUUUACCAAGUAUCAGGGAGCGCAAAUGGAAGAAAAACUUUAUCAGAGUAUUUGAGGUCCUUGUUCGUGGCUUAUAAUUUUCACAGUAUAAACGAAACCAUGAGUGAUUUCUUUUCUCUGUGAUUUUCAGUCAUAGCCAGCAAGGAAGGUUCCAGUGUUGAAGUAGGUGAGCCCUUAUGGAAUAUAAAAUAUUUAAUUCAUGCUGGGAAUAAAACCUGUCGAAGUGAUGGAGUAUGAAAAAAGUCUUCAAAAUAAGUAGACAUUUCUGGAUGUAAGAAAUACAUAUGAGAAAAAGACUUCAAUUAGAAGUCACAUAGUCACCAACAGAAAGUUCAUAUAUGGGUAAAGUCUCUGAGUAGGAAUGUAGGAAAUUCAGGAAUAGCUUUGAAUUCCAGUUAUCCGUUGUUCAGUGGAAAAGAUCCAAGAAGGACCUCCAGUAGGCUAAUUCAGGGAAAGGAAACAGGCUUCAGGGAAUAUAAAUUAAUAUAGUAGUGGUCAUGAAGAAUAACUUUGAUAUAAUUGAUUUGGGGGAGUGAUGGCAACUUGUGAAAAUUUGAAUUUCAUUGUAGGAAAUGUAAAAAGUACAGACUUAUAAAUCUUAAGAAAAUAGAGAGUCACUCAUAAAUAAAUUCAAGUUGAUUGGACUAUACUGUUGUAAUGUUGUGAUAUACACUAUUGAGUGGGUGAAACUUUAAAAAUUUUCAAAUAAAUACCCUUAAUGAAUCAUGAAUAUGUGAUAAGUGAAAAUAUCACACAUUAUGCUACAAAUGCAGGGUUCUACCAUGGAUGGAAAUUUAGCAUAUUUAAUAACUAAUGGAACACAUCCUCAACAUGCAGAAAAAAUUGAUUCAGGGAUUCCUAUGUAUAGGAAUUCUGAGCAGGAGGGCAUUUUAUUGCAGGACCUGAAAAGCUAAGUAGCUAUCUGUUAUUGGGGGAUAGGAGAAAAUUCCUGCUUCUUAACAAUCUUGUUAAAUGUUUGAUUGUUUGUGUUAUUGUAAAGAUUUCAUGCACUACAUGUGUUUAUUGUCUGUUGUAAAAUGUUACGAAUUUCUGUUCAGGGCUCACUCUCAGCCAUGAAGAGCCAGAUAGUUGUGGCAAGGUAAGGUAAAACUCCAAUAAAGGAAUUCUUCAAAAGUAAA